AUGAAGAAUACAGUCAGUUCAGACUGCGAAGAUGAUGACAGUUCGGAUAGUGAAGAAGAAUCACCCCAUUUGGAUACUAGUCGAAAGUUCGAGGAAGUAAUCCUGAAGAAUGAAAAUGCCUUUUUAAGGUUUGAAAAAGAGAAGUUAGAGAAAGACCAGCUGAUAAAUGAAUUAGCACGAAAGGUAAAGGCCCUGACUCAAGGAAGAAUGAAGAUGGAAGAACACAUAAGAGACCUCGAAGUAUUGAACAAAGAAAAGGACACACAAAUCUAUUCAAUGUCCGCCGAAGAAAUGCAAAUACUGAAAAGCAAAAUUAUAGAAAAAGGCAAAGGUAACCGAAGUGCAAAGAAAGAGAGAGAAGAGAAGGACCAGAAGCGAUUAUUUUGGAAAACACUUUUGUACGUCGCAGUUCUCGAGAUGGAGAAGGAGACGUUGCAUCGAGAUCUACAGCAAAGAGAAGAUAGCAGGCUAGAAAUGCAAGUCAGGAUAACCGAGCUAAAUGAGGACUUGCAAAGUCUUCGCAAAGAGAACAGAAGGAAAGAGAAGACCAUUGAAAUUCUGAGAAGGAAAGGGAGCGAAGACCUCCAAGAUCAGCGACUUAGAGGACGAGAUUACAAGUCCUUGUCGCUGAGAAACGAUGGCCCAAGAAAAUGUGAACAGCUCCACAAAUGUAAAGCCGAAUUAGAUGAGAAAAAGGAGGAACUGGAAAAGCUGAAAGAGGAGAACUUGCAGAAAGAUAGAGAGCUCCUCCGACUGGAAAAUGAGUGCACCCUCAAGCAAAUGGAAGUCAUCCGUAUGAAGAAAGCAUCUCAAACUGUUGUAGCAGAAAACCCACGGCAAAUGGAAAAGCUAAAUGAAAUAAGAAGAAGAAAAGUUCAACUUGAAUUUUGA